AACUCGAAGUUUAUGUUUUAUAGCCCAAACAGAUCCUUAUACUAGCUGAUGAGUUGGACAGGUAGGCUUAAAAUCAGUUUGGACUUAAAAACAAUAACGUUAGCUAACCUUGCAAAGUAACGACAAUAGCCAGCUACGGUAGUGAAUAUAUGUAUUUAUAGCUGCCUUGAUAACCUGGAAAAGUAUUAGGUUAUCUAGUUUUGACAUUUAGAACAGUCUAUUAGUUUGUCACGAACAUUUUUAUUAAUUGCUUUGUGAAUAAAAGAAAUCUGCCAUGUUAUCAUUUUCACCACGACCCUAUCUAUGGUGUUGUGGUCUUGGGUGCCUGAUCUAACUGAAUUAGACCUUAUGAAUCUCCUUUACGUUGCGAACCCCCGCUUCUCAUUUUAUUGUUUUUGCCGUAAUGAUCUCAGCAUCCCUCAUGUUGUCCACCAAAUAUGAGAAACAUUCUUGUAAGCGAAAUACAGUUUAUUUCAAAUCAUUAUUUUAUACAUUUCAUUUGGGAAAAAAAGUCUUAAUGUUUGUACUCAAAAGCAUUAUACUUAAAAAGACAGAGAGAGAAGCCUUGGAGAUAUCAACAACGCAAAAAUUCAUGAACCGAGUCAUUCGCACUCAGGAGGAAGGAAGUCCAUUUUUUAAUUUUAACAGGUGACCAGCGGGAAGCUGUUACUCUUCCUUAUCCUCCCCGUGGGUGAUGGUGUAGCUGAUGCUCUUGUAGUCAAUAUUCCCUGCCAGGUCGGGCGGAAAGGCGGACCACAUGUUUUUGAUCUCCUCUUCAGUAAAGCGGUUGCACUGAGUCAUCAGCAUCUCCUCCAGGUACUCCUUUUUGAGGGUGCCCAUGCCCUCGGGGUCCAGGACCCUGAAGGCAGCAGUGAUUGUGUCCUCCGGGUCUGAGCCCUUCAGCCUCUCCCCGAACAUGGUGAGGAAGGUGGUGAAGUUGAUCGGCCCCUUGGCCUCCUUUAUCAUGGCGUCCAGCUCCUCCUUGGGCACGUUGAGGCAGCCCAUGGCGGCGUAGGUGUCCAUCAGGUCCUCCUUGGUGAUCACGCCGUCGCGGUUCUGGUCAAUGACGGUGAAGGCCUCCUUCAUCUCCUGGAUCUUGCUCUGGUCAAAGAUGGUGGUGAGGUUGCUGGCGACCGCUGCUGAACGUCUCUUCGGGGCCAUGGCUGAUGUGCUGAAGGGAUGCCGUUUCUUCUCAGCUUAAAGGACUUAGAUGAUGUGAUACAGAGAGCCAAACAGGCUGGAGUCAAGACUCUGGUUUCAGUGACAGAAAAGGCCAGUGAGUUUGAAAGAGUUAUACAGCUAUCUAAAAUCUACCCUGGUCUGGUGGCACCAUGCCUGGGAAUUCACCCUGUUCAAGGCCCUGGGUCCCAGGAUCUGUGCAGCGUGACAGUACAGGACUUGGAGCCCGCCCUUCCCCUGUUUCAGAAGUACAGGGAAGACAUUGUGGCAAUUGGUGAGCAGAUCGGUCUGGACUUCACGCCGUGGUACGCCCCCCACGCCCAGCAACGUGAGGAGCAGCAGGCGGUGUUCAGAAAGCAGCUGCAGAUAUCCAAAGAGCUCGACCUGCCUGUGAACGUCCAUUCUCGAUCUGCUGCGAAGGUCACCAUAGGCAUCCUCAAAGAGCAGGGUAUUACCCGUGCACUGCUGCACAACUUCGCAGGGAGGCCGUCAGUUGCCCUGGAGGGGGUUCAGAUGGGGUAUUACUUCUCUUUCCCCCCAGCUGUCUGCAGAAAUGAGCAGAGAGUCCGGCUGAUUAAACAGAUCCCACUGGAGCAUAUCUGCCUCGAGACAGACUCCCCUGCUUUGGGACCAGACAAACAUGUGAGAAAUGAACCCAAAAAUAUCUCUCUGUCGUCGGAGUAUAUAGCACAAGUGAAAGGAAUCCCACCGGAGAGAGUCGUCGAGACCACGACACAGAAUGCGCUCAAAUUAUUCCCAGGAAUUAAGACGAGCACACCGAAAUAAUUGUCCAAAAUGCUAGAAUUGAAGCUGUAUGAAUCUGUUUAGAUUAAUGGUAUUUCUAAUAAAAUGCCUUUGUAUAUGUCA